AUGUAUCAGGAGCCGAUCGAUAAGCAAUUGGCAAUGAUUUCCGAGCACAUUAGCAAAGUUUCCAAGAUGUAUCCAAUUCUAUCCGUGAUCGCCUACACUGGCUUGGCCGUUCUUGCUGGUACCGUUGGAUUCCGUGUGUUCAAAACGAUCGAAGCUCAGGUGAAGAAGACCAAUGGAGAAAAUCCGUUCCAGAUGUGCAACUGCCCUCAAGAGCGAAUUCAUGCUCAGGUUGACGUGCUCGCGGAACAUGGCACAGCUCUUUUCAACCAGCUGAAGAGGCUUGUCUUUGUCGACAACAUCGUUGACAGUGUUAAGGUUCGCUUUGAUUUGUGGGCGUUGAGCGACAUCGGUUGUGUUUCUUGGAUUUGCCAUUGUGCAGUUUGGCCUGUUCUUGGUGCGUUCUCAAUCCCGAAGAUCUACGAGAUGUAUCAGGAGCCGAUUCGAUAA